AUGGCACUCCCAGAAAGCUACCACGCCCUUCCAUUCCAGGAAAUCGCAAUUUCCCAUGUCCCGCCAACAUCCCCGAUACCGACCAGCGUCGUCCUCCUCACCCUCAACCGACCGCAGAGACUCAAUGCCGUUACUGAGCAGAUGAUCGAGGAGUUGGUCACCGCGUAUGAAUACUUCAAAGCGGAUGAUCGGAUUAAAGCUGUCGUGGUUACUGGAGCUGGAAAGGGAUUCUGUGUGGGAGCAGACCUCGAGAUUGGGUUUGGUGGGAUGCUGCAAAAGUUGAAGGAGAACCCUUCGAAGAUGACGGACCAGUAUCGGGAUGGAGGAGGUCGCGUCGCGCUGGCAAUGCAUAACUGCCACAAGCCCAUUAUCAUGGCGAUUAAUGGACCCACGGCUGGGUUCGGUACCACAAUGACUCUCCCGGCGACAGUCCGUGUUGCCAGUGCCGAUGCGAAGAUCAGUUUCAUCUUCUCGCGACGCGGACUGGUGAUGGAGGCGUGCAGUUCAUAUUUCCUGCCCAGACUCGUGGGGCUUUCGCGUGCGUUGCAUUUGGUAACCACCGGUGAGACCUAUGAAGCCUCUGAUCCGCUGUUAAAUCAGUUGUUUUCUGAGGUAUUGCCCUCGCCGGAGAAGGCUGUCGAGAGAGCUCUUCAUAUUGCUGCAGAUAUCGCGAAAUACACAUCCACCGUGAGUACGGCGGUUAUGCGCGAUAUGAUGUACAGGAGUCCGUCGAGCGUGGAAGAGGCUCAUUUGUUGGAUUCGAAGAUCUUCCUGGGGAUGCUCAUGUCGAAAGAUAGCCAGGAAGGUAUUAAGAGCUUUGUUCAGAAGAGGGAGCCGGAGUUCAAGGGGAGUAUGGCUUGUGAUGCGCCGCAUGGUUGGCCGUGGUGGGAUGCAAGCCACAUGGAGGGAGGCAAGGCGAAGCUUUAG